AUGGAAUUGGACGAUUGCAUCACGAAAGAUUGUUCCACAAUAUAUCGUUUUCAAUUUGCAAGUAUCGCUUUUAUAUGCGGUGUUUAUCUUCCAUUUACAUUUCAUUCGAAUAUUUGGUCACUUUAUACAGAGCCAUUCAAACCUGUUAAUUGUACAACAAUAAAUAACACAGUUCUUUCGGGAACAUGGAAUAAUAUAAUAUUCAAGUCAUCGCUAUCGAUCUCAUCUAAAAUUAAUGAUCAAUCAGAUUGUUGCCCAUGCAAUGGAAUACUCAAUGGAACAACGAUAACUGACAGACGUUUAGUAGCACUUUGUAAUGAGUGGUUAGGAAGUAUAAAUGAUCAGGAGACACGAAAGGCAACGAUUAUCGAUGAGUGGCAUUUGGCAUGUGGAAGAGAAAAUCAAAAGAAGUUAAUGUUAGGGUCAAUUUCAUUUUAUAUAGGAGAAAUCAUUGGUGUUAUCGUUGUCGGCAUUCUUGCAGACCGAUAUGGUCGAAAACUCAUGCUCUUAAUGUGCCUUUAUAUUCCGGUGCUUUUCGGAUCAUUAGCUGCAUUUACAACAACUUACUCAUUAUUUUUAAUUCUUCGUUGGCCUGUUGGAUUUCUAAAUAAGGGUUUAUUAUUACUUGGUUUCAUUAUGGUUGUUGAAUCAUGUGAAUAUACGCAUCGUGCACAGAUCGGUUGUCUUCUCCUAGCAUCUAUACCCAUUUUCGGAAUUAUUAUCGGUGUAGCUUACUUCUUCCUGCUCGAUUGGCGUCACAUGCAACUGUUAGGUACAUUGGUCACUACUCUAACUCUGUGUUAUCCAUGGUUAAUACCCGAAUCUCGUCGAUGGUAUCUGAAUAGUCAUCGCGUCUCGCGCGUAAACAAACUUUUACAACUAUGCUCAACGAAACAAUCUUCAUCAAUAGGUUUAAAUAAAGUCGGAUCACCUGCUCCAACAACUAUUAUUUAUGAUAAACCAGUUGUAUCACAGGAGUCAUCUCGUUCUCAAAAUGGUUCAAUAUUGUGUUUAGUUACUGAACAACAAUUACGGACCAUAACUUGUUGCUUAUUUAUCCUUUGGUUUAUUUCAUCCUUUUGCUAUCGAUGUAUUUUCUUUCCAUCGAUUCUUCCACAUCCAACAAUGAACUACGUGCUGAUGAACGCAAUCGAAUUCUUUUCCUUUAUCAUCGCUUUGAUUGUUGCUUACAAGUUUGGACGUCGACCUCCAUUAGCUGUAUUGACGUUAGUUAGUGGUCUUUCGUCUGUUUCUCUAGCAAUUACAUUUCUUGGAACAGGACAUCUCUGGUUAGAAAUUAUGUUCUCUCUACUUGCUCGAAUUUGUCUACGUACGUGUUGUUGUCUGUUGAUUCUAUUCACAACUGAACUUUACCCAACAUCAGUUCGAGCAACCGGCUUAGCAAUUGGAUUUAUAGGUGAAGUAGUGCCGAAAAUUCUAAUAGAAAUUCUCCUUUACUUUUAUAUUGAUCGUACAUUACUUUUAUUUCUAUCUGGCGGAAUGUUGUGUUUUAGCUGCUGUUUAAUAUUUCCAUUGCCGGAAACCAUUCUUUAUGAUUUACCUGACUCACUGACCGAUCUACAAUCAAUGAAACGUUCUUUAUCGAAUGAAACUGAUGAUCAAUUAGCAUCAACAUCUCAAAAACAACAGCAACAUUAUAUGAUUGAUUCGAAUACAAUUGCUCUUCCACAUGAAUCACGAACAAACACAGCAAUGGCAUCAACUUUGAAUAAUCUAUCGCCAACACCAAAGACAAUCUUACGAUCCCAACAACCUCAAUCAACAAGUGCUGCUAAGAAUGUGACUAUUCACUCUCAACCGGAAAUCAUUCAAUUACAAUCCAAUGGAUCAUCUUUCAAUGCACUUUCGAAUCCGUGUUAUUUUGUUUCGGCCAAUGAUCCAGUCGAUCGAUACGAUAUUGAACAACAUAUGGAUAAUCGAGUGGUGAUCAGUAUUCGCGGAGGACAAAACUGCACUAAUAACAAUAAUAAUAAUAACAAUACUGGAAAUAAUGAUCGAGAAGUUACCCAAUUUUGA